AUGUUGGUCGAAGGAGCACGGAGGUUGGGGACUUUGGCUGAGAUGGAGAUUCAGGCAAUCCACCAAAAUUUACACUGGGAACCUAAUAACAUACAGAAUGCCAAUUAUACUUCUGAUGAGGAUGAAUUCGAAAGUGGAAACAGUACAGCAAAACUGUACGAACGAUCGCGUAUUAAAGCACUUGCAGACGAACGUGAGGUUGUUCAGAAAAAGACAUUCACAAAAUGGGUGAACUCCCACCUUUCGGUUGUGUCUUGCAACAUCGAAGAUCUAUACCUAGAUCUAAGGGACGGGAAAAUGCUCCUAAAACUCUUAGAAAUUUUAUCUGGUGAACGUCUUCCUCGACCCACAAGGGGAAAAAUGCGAAUCCAUUGUUUAGAGAAUGUUGACAAGUCCUUAAAUUUCCUGUGUGAUCAGCAUGUUCACCUAGAAAAUGUGGGUGCUCACGAUAUCGUAGACGGAAAUUCACGACUAACACUUGGACUUAUUUGGACAAUUAUUUUGCGUUUCCAAAUCCAAGAUAUAAUUGUUGAAGAAUAUCAGACAAGUGAAACCCGAUGCGCUAAAGACGCUUUGUUAUUGUGGUGCCAAAUGAAAACUGCAGGUUAUCCCAAUGUAAAUGUUCGGAACUUUACGACAAGUUGGCGUGAUGGUUUAGCUUUUAAUGCUUUAAUUCAUAAACACCGACCUGAUCUAAUUGAAUACUCCAAACUGUCUAAAUCAGAGCCAAUUAAAAACCUGACUACCGCCUUCAGUGUUGCCGAAGAAAAAUUAAAUCUUCAUCCUCUUUUAGAACCAUCUGACGUGGCUGUUGAACAACCAGAUGAAAAGUCUAUUAUUACCUAUGUUGUUACAUAUUACCACUACUUUAACAAAAUGAAAGCUGAUACUGUACAUUCGAAAAGGAUUGGUAAGGUUGUCAACCAGGCCAUUGAAACUGAUGACAUGAUCAAUCAAUAUGAACAAUUAACUUCUGAUCUUCUUGACUGGAUAAAGAAAACCAUAAAGCUUUUAGACGACCGUACAUUCGCCAAUUCACUUUCGGGUGUUCAACACCAGUUAGCUGGCUUCAACACUUACCGAACCGUCGAAAAACCUCCCAAGUUCAGAGAAAAAGGGGGUCUUGAAGUUUUACUUUUCACUAUUCGCAGUAAAAUGCGUGCCAACAAUCAAAGACAAUAUAAUCCACCCGAAGGAAAAAUGAUAGCAGAUAUAAAUCGUGCCUGGGAAAUGCUUGAAAGAGCUGAACAUGCACGGGAAUUAGCUGUACGAGAUGAACUUAUACGUCAGGAGAAGUUGGAACAACUUGCUUCUCGUUUCGACCGUAAAGCUGGAAUGCGAGAAACUUGGCUUACAGAUAAUCAACGACUCGUUUUACAAGAGUUCUUUGGUGAUAACCUUGCUGCUGUUGAAGCUGCAACAAAGAAGCAUGAGGCCAUAGAAACAGAUAUAUAUGCAUAUGAAGAGCGUGUAAAUGCUAUGGUCAAUGUUGCAGAGGAGCUGAAGAGAGAAAAUUAUCAUGCUCAUGAAAAUAUCCAGUUGCGGAGAGAUAAAGUACUUGCUAUGUGGCGUAAUCUAUUGGACUCACUUAGCAUUAGACGCCAGCAUCUAGAACUAAGUUUACAGUUACAACAUAUCUUCCAAGAAAUGACCUAUUUGAUGGAUUGGAUCGAAGAAAUAAAGAGCCGUCUUAAGUCGCAGGAUUAUGGUAAACAUUUGAUGGGUGUUGAGGACCUCUUGCAAAAGCAUAAUUUAUUGGAAGCUGACAUUCGUGUCCUCGGCGGUAGAAUGAAUCAGGUUGUUGACCAGGCCACUCCAUUUAUUGUUGGGUCAUUUACGCCGGAUAUGGGUGCAUACAAACCAAUUGAACCCGAAAUAGUUCAGGAGCGUACUGAAAAAUUACGUGCGGCGUAUGAUGAUUUACAUGACUUGGCGGAGGCUCGUCUUCGUGGUCUUCGGGAUUCACGGGAAAUGUGGCAAUUUUUCUGGGAUAUGGAGGAUGAAAAGGAAUGGAUUAAAGAAAAAAGCCAGCUUAUGUCCAGUCCAGACUUGGGUCAUGAUCUAAGUUCAGUAAGUCGACUUUUACGUAAACAUAAAGCUCUUGAAGAAGAGUGUCAAAUGCAUCGAGCUGUUUUAGAAGAUGCAUUGAAGCACGGUGAGCAACUUAUUACUGAUGGAAAUCAAGGUGGUGAGCAAAUAUCCCAGCGUAUCGUUGAAAUGAAUCAAUUAUGGGGUCAAUUAGUUGACCUGAUAACAGAGCGUAAACAACGCCUAAUUGAGUCACAGGAUUUCUUCCAACUAAUGGCAGACUGUGAUGAUGCAGAUGUAUGGUUGACUGACCAACAACGCAUUGUUAGCAACGAAGAUGUAGGUCUUAAACAAGCCACAACAGUGUCUUUACUGAAAAACAACCAGGAAGUUAUGGAUAAUCUUCAAAACUACCAAGAAACAAUAUCUCAACUAAAUCAAGAUGCAUCACGAGUUUCUGAUUAUCCAGACAGUGAUGCCACAGCUAUAGCACAUCGUUUAGAUGCGGUCGAUCAACAUUAUGCUUUAGUAAAAGAAUUAUGUAGAUUACGGCAUAAACGUUUAAAUGAUGCUCUUUCGAUGUAUAAACUAUUUGAUGACUCAGAUACCGUACGUACAUGGAUAACUGAAAAGAAAAACUUUUAA